AUGGUAGUGGAUGAGAUGGAGGAACCAAAGCCCUCAGGUGUUAAGUGGAAAUACACUCCAGCAUAUCCUCCGGUGCCCUGCAUGAGUCCAUUAGCCACGUCCAUGGCCGCUCUGCGGGCAUGUUCCUGGGGACUCGUGCUGUCAGUGGAGAAAAUUUGGGUCUACCUCUUGCAAGCUUUCCAAGUUUUCAGCCUUACUAGAAGCCAGCUUCCCACUCCCUCUAACGAUGCUAUUCAGUCCUCCAGUCGGUCUAAGCCGGUUCAGGAUUCAGUUGGCUCGAAAGCGCCGUUAGCCAGGGGACGAGGUGCUCGCAUACUUGUGGUGAAACUGGUUACAGUCACGAUUUCGUAUUACGCAUUUAAAUACAUUCAUUUUCUGAUAGCCUGGAUCCUCUUUGCAAGCUCCGUGCUUAACCUGGCUGAACUCGCCGCCCUCCGUCCUGACCUUGGCAAAUUGAAAAAGGUCCUCUACUUCCACGAGAAUCAAUUGGCAUAUCCUGUCCAGAAAUGCCAGGAAAGGGAUUUUCAGUACGGGUACAACCAGAUUCUUUCAUGUUUGGUUGCUGAUGUCGUGGUGUUCAACUCUGCUUUUAAUAUGGAAUCGUUUCUUACAUCCAUUGGAAAAUUUAUGAAGCUGAUUCCUGACCACAGACCUAAGGAUUUGGAAAAAAUAAUCAGACCGAAGUGCCAAGUUCUUUAUUUUCCAGUCAGGUUUCCUGAUGUGAGCAGGCAAAAAGCAUCCCAGCAGCCGGGAGCAGACUUGCAGAUGUUGGCGUUAGCUGCAGCCAUAGCUGCUCUUCAGUCUUCCUCGGUUACUCUGAAGGACGUUUUUUAUUACCCUCCUUUCAGAGCCCGUCUUGAAAUUAGCGUAUACAGUAGCUUUGGUGGGCUGGAAAAAUGCCGAUGUCAACAAGCAAGGAGAGACUUGAAUCCACAAGAGCCCAAAGCUAUAGAUGGGCACUGGGGACGUGUCUCUGUUGCACAGAGAGAUGCUCAGCAGCGGUACCCAAGUGAACUGUCUUGC